UACUCACGCGACACCUCGCCCAGCUACGACUACCGCCGGGGCCGAGAGCGGGACCGCGAGGACUCGUACCGGAGGAAAGGCAGCAGGCGUAAGCACAAACGAAGGCGGCGUAGAACCAGGUCCUAUAGCCCAUCCUCCUCGCCCCGGGAUUGGGUAAGUAUGAACUCCUUUGUUUUAUGUUCUUCUUUUUGUUGACGUUUUGUCUUUUUUUGAUAGUGAUAGUCCAAGUCUUGGCUUUCAGUGUUAGCCCCAUCUGUAACAUUUAAAUAGUGAGGCUCAAUCCAAUAGAUGUUAAUGUUAAUGUAAGUAGUGAGUGAAUAGCUUUGUUGGGAGAGCCUCCGUAAACAAGAUCACAUAAGUCUCAUCCAUUCCUUAUUUUGCUGUAUCUGCACACCUAGCUAUAUAACUCUCUUUCACACAGCUUAGAUGUCAAAAAAGUUUUUUUUUUUGUUUUUGUUUUUUUUGUUUUGUUUUGGUUUUUUUAAUGAAAGCAUAUAAAGUUGUUUCAUAAUUUCAGCUCUUCUUCAUUUUAUUUCCAGCCUCCCACUUAAGCAACCUUUUUCUUUGGAGAUGUUAAGGAUGUGAUAGCUGUGAAUUAGCAAUGCCUUUACUCAUGUGCUCUUCUAUGAGUAAAUGUUGAUGCAGGUUGCUUUUUGUGACUUUUUGUCAGGGUUGCUAGGCAGAGGGAUGAGGGGGAGUUUGAAAGCAAGCAAGAAGGGAGGGGUAAAAUGUUAUCUUUGACUUGAUCCCUUGCACUAUAUCCCUAUCGUUAUAUAUAUCUCCUCACGUGGUGUCAUACGAAUCGCCCCAUGACCACCAAACCUACCUACAACUACAACACUGCUCAUCUUCGACGCCGUGGCUACGGCUGCCCCCCUCCACUCUCCCCGCUCCGCCCACCUCCCCUCCUCCCUCUGCGGUCGUGGCGUGACCUCUGACCUGUGACCCUGGCCGGGCCGAAGCAGCGGAGUGACAGCGGGACGAGGGCACUGUGUGUGAGGGACGACGAGGAGGGUCACCUGAUCUGUCGGAGUGGCGACGUCCUGCAAGAGAGAUGUACACACUGCCACUACUACUACUCCUCUACUCCUAUAUCGUAACCUUUCUCCCUAUCAGUACCAGCACACAGCAGACACACACAGGGGAGGGCAGGAGGUCAUGAUCAUGAUGUUGGUGGUGACGAUGACGCUGUCGUAGAAUGUUCUCCCCUUUUGCCGGAACAGGCAAGGGGGAAGGCAUGUCCUACAUGUCUUUAGUAGCUCCUUUAUUCUUUUCAGGGGGGUUGGGCUGUUUGUGUUGCUGUGUAGAAGAAUAUUAUGAUCCUUUUUAAUUCCUGACUGCCAGGUUCCCAGAUUUAGCUUUUUCCACGUCUCCAUAAUGUGCGUUUUUAUUCUGGUCUUGUUGCAGCCUUUGGCUACAUCAAGAUUCACAUUGCGCCUAUGCUGUCAGUCGUUUAGAUUUAAGGAUACGAUUGUUCUGUGAAAUUCGCAAUAUUUCCAUAGUCACUGUGCGUGUUAUUUUUCAUAGAAUACAUUGUAAUUUGUAGUUUAGCUGUCCUAUCGGUUAGAGAUGUAGUUUUAAUUUUUUUUAAACAAGUAAAAGCCGCUUUUAUUUUAUUUUUUUCCAGAAAUGUAGACUAUAUUUGUUUGUCGGGAAAAACGUGCCGGUUUUUCAGACCAUUUUUACUUUAUUUCUUUCAAAUGUGUGUAUAUUGCCGCUUGUCAGAUCAUUAUUAUUAUUUAUUAUUUUUUAGGUAAACCCGUAUAGAUACUCACAGUUUAGGUUGAAAAUGUGAUUUUUAGGAUGGCUCUUUAAAUGCGCUGUCUAAUUGCUGUCUUCACAUCUCCCCUCCCCUUUCUCUACGUAUUUUUCCCUCUAUUUGUCUCUUAGAUGAGGUUGUCAGCACUUUGGGCGAGGGCACCUUCGGGAGGGUGAUGCAAUGUAUUGAUCAUCGCAGGGGUGGAGCACACGUCGCUCUGAAGAUUAUCAAAAAUGUGGAGAAGUACAAAGAGGCGGCUCGGCUGGAGAUCAAUGUGCUGGAACGAAUCAAUGAGAAAGAUCCUGAGAAUAAGAAUCUGUGUGUCCAGAUGUUUGACUGGUUCGACUAUCAUGGCCAUAUGUGUAUCAGUUUUGAGCUGUUAGCCCUCAGCACUUUUGAUUUCCUCAAAGAAAACAAUUACCUGCCCUACUCCAUCAGUCAAGUGCGUCAUAUGGCCUACCAGAUCUGCCUAGCUGUCAAAUUUUUGCAUGAAAACAAAUUGACCCACACGGACCUGAAACCAGAAAACAUUCUGUUUGUCAACUCUGACUUUACCAUCACAUACAAUGUGGAGAAGAAGCGAGAUGAGCGAACUGUGAAGAACACGGCUGUGAGGGUGGUGGAUUUUGGCAGCGCUACAUUUGACCACGAGCAUCACAGCACCAUUGUUUCUACCAGGCACUAUAGAGCACCUGAAGUUAUUCUAGAAUUGGGCUGGAGUCAGCCAUGUGACGUAUGGAGUACAGGCUGCAUACUCUUUGAGUACUACCUCGGCUUCACUCUCUUCCAGACUCAUGAUAAUCGGGAGCAUUUAGCCAUGAUGGAGAGAAUUUUAGGCCCCGUUCCUUCCCGUAUGAUUCGUAAAACUAGGAAACAGAAAUACUUUUAUCGUGGACGUCUGGACUGGGACGAGAACUCUUCAGCAGGAAGAUACGUCAGAGAAAACUGCAAACCUUUACGGAGAUAUCUUCUGUCUGAAGCUGAAGAGCAUCACCAGCUGUUCGAUCUGAUCGAAGCCAUGCUGGAGUACGAGCCGACGAAACGCCUCACUCUGGCUGCGGCCCUGAGACAUCCUUUCUUUCAGAGCACCGUCAGCAUCGCUGACCAGAGCGCCGGCAAGAGCUGGGAGGGCAACCGCGACAUCAGUCGGUGACAAUGACAUUAGUCUUAACCCAACGUCUCCGUCUUACGCCAAAAAAACCCCCAGCGGACUCGCAUGCCAAGAGAGAUGCAAUGGAGCUGAACUGAGUUUGCAUCAAGUUUUCUAGUGCAAGAGAAGUUAAAUAAAGCUGAAGCAUAUGAUUUCUCAAUCAUCUUCCCAUAAUGUGAGAACAUCUCUGUGUGCAGCAGGAGAAUGUGAGGAACUUGGGACUUCUAGAAGAUCCCAGUAAACUGUCAUGCUUGUGUGUGUGAUUGAUUGGACAUUUUGAAGGGUUGUCGAAUAAAUAAAUACUCCCUUCAAGUUCUGUUCUUCCAGCCAGUUGUGGCUACUGAUGUUUUUUGGAGAGCCAUAAGCAGAGGAAAAUUUGUUUGAUGAGGGGGGAAAAGCAUUAACGUAACACUCCUUUUUGAGAAAGUGACAAAACGGCAUCACUGUUACAAUAUAGUUAUUUAUCUGGCAAAUCUACAUCCCUUAGCUGAUAAUCACAGAUGCUUCACAACACACACUGUUUGUAUUCGGUUCAAUUCAAGCUAAGUAACAGAGCGGCAGUGUUCUGGUGAUUGCGUCCUUCAGCACACGUUUACAGUAUUUAUUUAGUGAACCAGACGUCUCAUUUUGUGUCUUUGUAUGGAUUUGACUGUAUAAAUUUGUAAAUACAAAUAAAUAUAUGUUGUGACUAUAGAAUAAAGGGCCUGUCUGUUUGCUUGCUGUGAAUUGUGUUUUCACAGCGGCUCUCCAGGCAAAAUGUUUUUACAAUCA